AUGAAGGAAAUCUAUCAUGAUUGCCGAAUUAUCAACAAUCUUGAAUUUGAAAAUAUAGGAUAUGUCAGGGAAUCACUUAUCACAGACAAUGCUUCAGUUGACGAAGACGAGGAAGAAAAUGUGGUGACAAGCUCCAAGAGCCGCUUGUUACCACAUUGGAGUCCGAGUCGAAUUCAACAAGAAUUGUUGAAGACACAACCAACAAUUUGGAUAGCAAAGGCUACUUAA